AUGGAGCAGGAUAAUGACUGGGAUGUUCGGCUCCUCUCAAUCGACAAACAAGCUGCAGCAAAGGCGCCUUUCGAUGUCCCGGCUCCCGAUCUGAGCACCUUCCAACGUCCGAGUAAGCCAUUCGGACCAAAAAACUUAGAGGCACAAGUGUUUGACAUUGGCCUCUUCUCGGGCUUCGAUUCCGCCCGAGCAAAUUCGCCAGAUCUUGGGCCGUUCCAGACAGAUACGCCGUUUGAGGCUUCCGAUAGCUACGACCUAACUGUCACCCUAUUAGGCCGAAAUAGCUUUUCAGACGUUACCAGCACUUCCUCCUCGUCAUCUUACCAGCACCUGUCCGCUUCUGUGGGCGUCGGAGUCGACUGUGUCGUCUUUGGAGGGUCCGUUUCCGUUGCUUACGACAAAUACAUCACAACAAAUACUGAUGGCCUUAAGCAUAGCCAACACGCCGUAUGUUACGACACUGCUCUUCGAUAUCAGACUGCACCGACUUUGUCACAAGCUGCGAAACAGACGCUUCGCGAACAAGGAGAGGCCGCUUUUCAAGCAAGGUUUGGCGACUACUUUAUCGGCGGGUUCGUGACCGGCGCAGAGUCGGGUCUGCUGAUGUCGUAUGCCCACAGCGAUCAAGAAGAGCUGGAAAUCACCCGCUUCACCAUCACCGUUAAAUUUCUCUUCUGGAGCACAAGCCACGACGAAAUAACUGUUCACACUGAUAUAAUCGAGAGUUCAUCGUUGACGUUCACGUCAUUCAACACGCUUGACCCGGCUUCCUCGAGGAUCAACGCUGGCCCAGGCCCGGGCGGUAUUGGGAUUGCUUCGCAGAGCCUGCCCCCGGACGAAACACGAACAAGGGUACAAGACAUAACGCUGGGUACUCAAGACCUAUCGGCGCAGAUAUCUGAAAGAAGGCCUCUUCUUUUCAGGACACAGAUGGGCAUGCAGAAUUGGAAGGACGGUGGCACAUUUAGCGUUGCCCAUUCCGCAUCGCGGUUGAUGAGUAUGUACGCGUCAGGUAUUCUUUUGCAGAUCCAGCUCGUCCCAUACGCUAUAUUGCGGGAGUAUCAGGAAGUACUUGGGUCCAAAGCAUGA